AUGUCGUUGCAAACGCAAAUGCAUUGCGGAGUUCUCGUUCACUUUGUAAUUUGUGUAUGUUUGGCGGGCGUUGCUAGUGCUGCAAAAUGUGUUCCUGAAAAGUGUGGCUCGGUGAAUGUGAGUUACCCUUUCUGGAUUAAGAAUUCUCAUUGUGGAUACCCUGGUUUCCAGGUGAUAUGCAAGGAGAAUUCUACUGGAAUGCUCACUCGAUAUCUUUCUGCCUAUGUCGCUAAUAAUACUCACAGAACUUUAACAAAAUCUUAUUAUAAAAUUAGGGAGAUCAAUUAUACCGGGCAGAUGGUGAUCAGUUCGAGACCUCUGAAAGCCGCUUCGUGUCUGGGAAGGCAAGAGGGAGACGGAUUCGUUUUGUUUCACCUGCCUUCGGAUGGGCCUUUCACUAUUUCCAUGACCAAUAGAUUUGUAGUUGUUGGUUGCAACACAUCUGGUAGUUACGCAUAUGAUAACUUGGGGGGAGAAGCGAGAUGUGUGGCAGGAUGUAUCUUUCAAAAUGACCCGCCAUACUGCAGUUACGGCUGUUGUGAAAUUACACUUCAAGAUAAUUAUAAGUGGUUAAAUUUCACGGGUGGAGGUUUGGUUCACUUAAAAGAUGAGAAGAAAUGUGGCUUCUCCACCAUAUUAGACCCGUCUACUUUCACAAUAGGGGAUGAUAGAGAGGACCUCUACUGGGGACACGUAAAGAAGGCUUAUUAUGGUCUCCGCCUUAAUUGGGGUAUCGGCCUUGAGAAUUGCUCCAUGGCUAAAACAACAGUCAAUUAUUCUUGCUCCUCCAAUGCAGAAUGCAUCGACUCUCCGUCAAGGAAGGGGUACGUAUGCAAAUGUCUCCCUGGAUACGAAGGAAAUGGUUACACGAAUGGCACUGAUUGCACAGACAUUGACGAAUGCAGUAAUAAAAGCUUGAAUGAGUGCAUGGAACCAUCGAAGGGAGGUGUAUGCCAUAAUUUGGCAGGUUCUUACAAUUGUUCAUGUGCAAAGGGUUACAGUGGCGAUGGUUUUAAAAACGGGUCAACUUGUGAUGCAGAAAGCUCAAAGAAAACGGCCAUGUUUGCAGCUAUAGGCUCUGUUUCUGCAUUCGUUGGAGUUUCUUUAGGAGCGUGUGGAAUAGUCUGGUUGCUGAGAAUGCGUUACCAGAAACAGGCUAGAGAUGAGUACUUCCGGCGCAAUGGAGGCGUUUUGCUAGAGAGAAUCCUAGCAGAAAGGGGAAAACAAAUGGAGGGCAAAAUCUUCAGGAUAUUUUCUGAAGAUGAACUCAAAAGUGCCUUCCGAGAUUAUUCAGAUGAUAUGAAACUUGGUACCGGUGGUUCAAGCACUGUAUACAAAGGCAUCCUUUCAAAUGGUACACCCGUGGCCAUUAAAAAGUUCAAGGACUUUCCCAUCGGUGUAGAAAGUGAGGAAGCCAUGAAGCAGUUUAUCAAUGAAAUUGUGAUUCUCUCUGGUCUUAAUCACAAAAACGUGGUGAGCUUGGUUGGUUGUUGCUUGCAAACACAAUCUCCUCUUCUAGUAUACGAAUUUGUUGACGGGAGAACAAUUUCUCAUCAGCUACGUUCCAAUCAUUUGUCUUGGCAAAGUCGCCUGCAGAUUGCAACAGGUAGUACAGAUGCCUUGGCAUAUCUCCAUUCAGAGUUAGAUCGCCCCAUUAUUCACAGGGACGUGAAAUCAACUAAUAUUCUUCUGGCUAAUAUUUUUGUGGACAAUACCCUGGCUCCAAAAAUUGCAGAUUUUGGGAUAUCUCGGCUACUAUGUGGAAAUGAUACCCAUCUAACCACCAACAUAAUGGGCACCUGUGGCUACAUGGAUCCUGAAUAUUACGACACAGGCACGCUUAGUGAGAAAAGUGAUGUCUACAGCUUCGGUGUAUUUCUCGCGGAGCUUCUUACAGGUCGAGAACCCCUGUCUCCUGGAAAACCAGCGCAGGAAAUCGUCUUGUCUAAGUUUUUUCUUUCCAAAUGUAAGGAAAACUGCUUAACUGAGAUUUUUGAUCCAAAGGUGAGGAACGAAGAGAUCCUCGAUCAGAUGAUUGAUGUGGCAAGUCUAGCUAAAGAGUGUCUUUGUGUGGAAGGAAAGGGAAGACCGUCCAUGAGAGAGGUGAAGAUAAAGCUUGAGGAGAUUGGAGGUUCCACAACACUUACCACAUCAACUUCAUGUUCAGACGUCCUCAGCUACCAAAUUUCAAGUUAG